CUCGGUGUAGAGGGGGUUAUGAUGUUCAGUCGUAACUCGGCCGCGGUGAAGGGCGGAGGGAGCAAAGACGAAGAACCGCUUGGAGUUUGAAGCCGUAAACGCAUUGGCGCAGAUCUCGGUACGGUUCGCGUUGACACGCUACCGCCAGAACGAACUUAAAACGCGUGCGUUUCUCCGUCCGUAUUGUGUGUCGCGUGUGUUUAUCAACCGCGUAUAAAAAGACGAAGACUGAGUGUGCUUUUUUGGUGGAUUCUGAGUGCUUGGAAAGUGUUUAAUCCAGUGUUGUCGCGGAUUCGCCAGGUGCUUUGCCGUUUUGGAUAAGCUUCGUACACACGCAGAAAAGGGGCGCAGUAUGUGCCCGGCGCUGGGCUUGGCGCCGCACCCCAAAACAGGACCUUCAACCUCGAAUACGUACCGAAUUAUCCACCGAUCAAAACCGACAGAUUCAGGGGUGGUCCUGAUAUACAGAAAAGAAUGACUCAAAGAGAGGACGCACUGAAAUUCGAGCAGGGCCGUAUCAAGGCCCUGCAAGAGGAACGUCUGCAUAUUCAGAAGAAGACGUUCACGAAAUGGAUCAACUCGUUCCUGUUAAAGGCACGCAUGGAAGUGGACGAUUUAUUCACGGACCUAGCAGACGGCAAGAAGCUCCUAAAAUUAUUGGAAAUCAUCUCCGGCGAACGAUUGGCGAAACCAAACAAUGGUCGAAUGAGAGUGCACAAGAUCGAGAACGUGAACAAAUCAUUAGCGUUCCUUCACACGAAGGUUCGCUUGGAGAGUAUAGGAGCGGAGGACAUCGUCGAUGGAAACCCUAGGUUGAUACUGGGUCUCAUAUGGACGAUCAUUUUGAGGUUCCAAAUUCAGGAGAUCGAGAUCGACGUGGACGAAGAAAAUGAUAGCAGCGAGAAGAAGUCAGCCAAAGAUGCUUUGUUGUUAUGGUGUCAGAGGAAGACCAAUGGAUACCCUGGUGUCAACAUCCAAGAUUUCACUGGGUCCUGGAGGAGCGGUCUGGGUUUCAACGCCCUCAUCCACGCCCACCGUCCAGACUUGGUGGAGUGGUCCGAGCUGCAGCAGAAUAAGAAUAUCGACAACCUCAAUUAUGCCUUCGACGUGGCGAACUCGGAACUCGGAAUACCGAGACUGUUGGACGCCGAGGACGUGGACACAGCUCGGCCGGAUGAGAAAUCCAUCAUCACUUACGUCGCCUCUUAUUACCACACCUUCGCCAGGAUGAAGAACGAGAUCAAAAGUGGCAAGCGAAUCGCGAAUAUUGUGGGGCAAAUGAUGGACGCGGACAAAAUGAAGAUUCAUUACGAAAAGCUUACGACGGACUUGUUAGAGUGGAUCAAGAUGAAAAUCGAGGUGCUAGAAAACAGAAACUUUCCCAACUCUCUAGAGGGCAUUCAACGGGAACUGUUAGCCUUCAAGCAGUAUAGAACCGUGGAGAAACCGCCGAAAUACAAGGAACGUUCCGAAAUAGAGGCCUUGUAUUUUCACAUAAACACGCAAUUAAAGUCCUUGAAUCAGCCCGCGUUCACACCGCAAGAGGGCCAAUUAGUGCACGAUAUCGAAAGGAACUGGGUGGAAUUGGAACGAGCGGAGCAUCGCAGGGAAGUGGCUCUCAGAACCGAGCUGCUGCGACAAGAGAGACUAGAACAAUUGAACUACAAGUUCGAGAGGAAGAGCGUCCUCCGAGAAGGCUAUCUCAAGGAGAUGAUUCAGGUGUUGACGGACCCGAGAUACGGUAGCAAUUUGGCGCAGGUGGACGCCACGGUGAAGAAGCACGAGGCUAUUAGCGCGGACAUCUUAGCGCGAGAAGAACGCUUCCACGAUUUGACGAAUAUGUCGGAGGAGCUCGUCAGAGAGAACUACCAUGGCCUCGAGCGGGUACGAGUGAGGGAACAGGAAGUGUUGCAGAGGUGGAAGGAACUUCUGGCUCUUCUGGAUCACCACAAGUCCAACUUGAUUGCCCUCAGCUUCCUCAUGAGCCUCAUGCGCGAGAUCGACACGACCCUGGCCUCGAUUCAGGAGCUGCAACUGAACUUCCAGAGCACCGACGUUGGUCCACACUUGCUGGGAGUCGAGGACCUGUUGCAGAAGCACAGCCUGCAGGAGCUGCAGGUGACUGCUCUUGGAGAGACGCAGAGGAGGCUGGGUAGACAAGCGGCUCAGCACUUGGCACAGCCUCAGAGCAAGGAGGUACCUCUUCUGCAACAGAAAUUGGAGAUGUUGAACCGCGCGUAUGAUGAUCUGGUGGAGUACAGCAAGGAACGCAAGGCUCGGCUGGAGGACGCCAGGAACUUCUUCCAUUUCCUGCAGGAUCACGAGGACGAGGAAUCCUGGCUGAUCGAGAAGCAGCGGAUCUGCAAGGCUGGAAUAUCCGCGAAGGACUUGAGAGCUGUAAUUUCCUUGCAGCAGAAACACAAAGCUCUGCAGGACGAGAUGAAAGUACGGAGGCCGAAGUCUGAACAGCUGUGCGACGCUGGACGCAAACUGAUUGCCGAUAAUCACCCGUCGUCCUUAGAAAUACAGAAUCGCAUCGACUCUUUGCAAGAACACUGGAAGGUCCUGGAGGAGUUGGCGGCACUCAGGAAGAAGCAGUUAGAUGACGCGGCAGAAGCUUUUCAAUUUUAUGCGGACGCGAACGAAGCGGAUUCUUGGAUGAACGAGAAGAUGGCCCUUGUGGCUUCCGAAGACUAUGGAGUAGAUGAACCUAGCGCUCAAGCGCUUUUGCAAAGGCAUAAGGACCUGGAGGGAGAGCUGAAUGCUUACAAAGGUGACGUGCAGUCGCUCAACAUGCAAGCCGAGAAGCUUAUUAAGUCCGGGAUUUCAACUCUGGAGCUGUCUGCUGAUCCAGAACCGGUUGCGGAGUUGGAGCAGGAAGAGUGGAGUAAAGAGAUAAGAUUGGUUCCGCAAGACGAGUGGGUGGACGAAGUCGUGGAGAGGUUGGAGCCCAAAACCGUCCUCGAAGAGAGACUGGUACCUCAAGUAAAAAGUUUAUACCCGUUCAGUGGGCAGGGUAUGCAUAUGGUCAAAGGUGAAGUGAUGUUCUUGUUGAACAAGACAAACCCAGACUGGUGGAGCGUCAGAAAAGCUGACGGCACCGAUGGUUUCGUACCAGCCAACUAUGUCCGUGAAAUCGAGCCUAAAGUCAUACAGGUUCAAGUCAGGAGACCGGAAAAGGUCAGGGUAACGCAGAGAGUGAAGAAGACGAAGAUGGUGAAGCAAUUAGUUCCUGUUAGAAGAGUCAAGUCUAUAAAGUCGACGGUCAAACCGAUUAAGAGGAAAACUGCCUCUGACGGAGACAGCGUGGAAAAACGACAGAAGAAGAUUAAUGAUACCUACAGCGAGCUUCAAGAAUUGGCACUGAAGCGGCACGCGUUGUUAGAAGACGCCAUACGUCUUUAUGGCUUCUACCGCGAAUGCGAUGACUUCGAGAAGUGGAUCAAGGACAAAGAGAAGAUGCUAAGAGCCGACGAGGUGACGUUGAAACGCGAAAACGUAGAGACAGCGAAGAGGAAGUACGAGAAGUUCUUGACGGACCUCUCAGCCUCGGGAAAACGCGUCGAAGCUAUUGAUGCUGCGGUCGACGAGUUCGUCAGGCAGGGUCACAGUCAGCUGGACAAGGUGAAAGCCAGACAAAGGCACAUUCAUCAACUUUGGGACCACCUGAAUUGGUUGAAAGCGCAAAAGGAAAAGAGCUUGGAAGGAGCCUCGAGUGUGGAACUGUUCAACAGGACUUGCGACGAAGCUCAUGAUUGGAUGUUAGAAAAAAUCACGCAAUUAGACACUGCAGAACUGGGACCAGAUCUAAAAACAGUUCAAGCUUUACAGCGACGACAUCAGCACUUGGAGAGAGAGUUAGCACCAGUUGAAGAAAAAGUACGUAAGGUAAACCUAUUAGCAAACAGCGUGAAGAGUUCGUACCCUCACGAGCUAAACAACGUGAACGCCCGACAAAAUGAGAUCAAAGAACUCUGGAAUCAAGUCCAGACAAAAGCUAAGGAGCGUAGGUCCAGACUAGAGGACGCGGUAGGCCAGCAGAUUUUCAUGAACAGCUCGAAAAAUUUAAUUAACUGGGCUGCCGACGUGCAAGAAACGAUGAAGGUCGAAGAACCUGUUAGGGAUGUUGCAACCGCAGAGCAACUCAGGAAACAGCACAUGGAACUCGGAGAAGAUAUACGAACGCGAGAGGACGAGUUUCGAGAAGUCGAAGAGCUUGGAAAUCAAUUGCUGCACCGUAAUCCGACUCUGGUGGAUGUUAGCGAACGUUUAGACAAGUUGCGCGGUUUGUAUCAAGCUGUAACCUCGGACUGGGUAGCAAAGGAAGCUUGGCUACAGCAGUGUCUGGAGCUGCAACAAUUUAAUCGCGAGGCUGAUCAAAUAGAAGCGACUACUAGUUCCCAUGAAGCGUUCCUGGACUUCACCGACCUGGGAGAAUCUCUGGACGACGUUGAAGCUUUGUUAAAACAGCACGAGAAGUUUGAGAACACUCUCCACGCGCAGGACGAUCGACUGAAAGCGUUCAGCGACACUGCCGAUAAGUUGAUCGCUCAGAACCAUUACGACAAGGACUACAUCAACGAUAGAAGAAACCAAGUUCUGGCCAGAAGAAUGGCGGUCAAAGACGCUGCACAACGUCGUCGAGCAGCGUUGAAAGCGUCGGAACACUAUCAGCAAUUCUCAGCCGAGGUGGAUGACCUCCGAGAUUGGUUGGGCGACAAAAUGAAAACUGCGUCUGAUGAGAGUUACCGUGACUUAAACAAUCUCGAACGAAAGCUACAGAAGCACGAGGCGUUCGAAAGGGAAUUGAGAGCUAACGAAGGACAGUUGAGGGCAGUGAACAAGGCUGGCAAAGCCUUAAUAUCUGAAGAGAAUUAUAGAUCAGACGACGUGGGAAAGACGUUGAAGGAACUGAAUGAUCAGUGGGAUAGGCUGGUAGCUUUGUCUUUGGAGAAAGGUCGAAGGUUGAGACAAGCUGCCUGCCAGCAUGGUUACAACCGUACCAUGGAAGAUGCCAGGUUGAAGUUAGAAGAAAUUGAAAACUGCUUACAGAGCAAACAAGUUGGAAUCGAUCUGAGAAGUUGUAAGGAGCUGCUGAAGAAGCAUCAGACGCUUGAAAGCGACAUGUGUCAGUGGGAACAGAAGGUGGAUGAUCUUGUCGCCAUGGGUGAAGAAAUGGCGCAUGAAGGACAUUUUGAUGCUGCGAAUAUAUUGAAAGCCAGUCAAGCUACGCAAAGAAAGUUCCGUAGCUUGAAGGAGCCAGCGAAGAGAAGACGAGAAGCUUUAGAAGAAAGCUUGCGAUUCCAUAAAUUUGGUUUUGAAUUAGACGCCGAGCUGCAGUGGAUUAAGGAUCAUCUUCCUCAAGCGUCCUCAACUACGCUUGGACAGAAUUUGCAUCAAGCUCAAACCUUGCAUAAGAAGCACAAGAAACUUGAAGCUGAAAUCGCAGGUCAUCAACCUAUGAUAGACAAAACUUUGGCUUCUGGACAGACUUUGAUCGAUCAGGCUCAUCCGGAGAAGAAGAAGAUACGAGAAUUGUGUGAUGUGCUUGACGAAGCAUGGAGGGACCUGCAAGAAAAAGCCGCAGAGCGAAGCAAGGUUCUAGAUUUAUCACUGAAGGCGCAGGAGUUCUUCUUCGAGGCGGGAGAAGUUGAAAGUUGGUUGAACGAAAAGAAUGACGUUCUCAGUUCCACUGAUUAUGGCAGGGACCGUGAUGCCGCAACAAAAUUGCUGACCAAACACAAGGCGGUUGAACUAGAGCUGGACACUUACAACGGUAUCAUAACUGAGAUGGGACACACAGCGUCUGUAAUGAUUAAUGCUAAACACCCUGACAGCAAAGCGAUAGCGAACAAGCAACAAGCGAUUGCUCAGCAAAUGCGCGCUCUGCAAAGAUUGGCGACGGUGAGACAGCAACGUUUGAUGGAGAGUAUGUACCGACACGAGUACUUCUUGGAGAGCAGAGAGUUAGAACAAUGGAUCAAGGAACAAGAACAAGCCGCCGCCUCUGAAGACUAUGGUCAAGACUAUGAACACCUGCUGAUACUGCAAGCUAAAUUCAAUGAUUUCAAACAUAGGAUAGAAGCUGGUUCCGAACGAUUCAACCAGUGCGAAGAGUUGGCUAGAAAAUUGAUAGCUAAUGAGAGCCCUUAUAUUCAAGACAUUGAGAAACGACAGGAACAGUUAGGACCGGACGAUGAUGAUCCUGUAAGUCAGGUGCAGAGACAGCAUGCCGCAAUGAAGGAAUCCUGGCAACAUCUUCUUGGCCUUAUUCGAAACCGCGAGCAAAGGUUGCAGGCUGCAGGGGAAAUCCACAGAUUCCAUCGCGACGUCGCGGAAGCUUUAUCCCGCAUACAAGAGAAGGAAGCAGCUUUACCGGAAGACCUAGGACGCGAUCUGAACUCCGUCCUGGCGUUAAUCAGACGUCACGAAGGUUUCGAGAACGAUCUAGUCGCCUUAGAAGCGCAACUUCAAGUCUUAGUCGAAGAUGCAUCAAGGUUGCAAGCUCACUAUCCAGGAAACAACGCGGUGCACAUUGACCAGCAGCAACAGAUCGUCGUGGCUCACUGGGAAGAACUGAAGGAAAGAUCAGCUCAUAGAAGAGAUCAGUUACAAGCAAGUUGCGACUUGCAACGAUUCCUCACUCAGGUCAGAGAUUUGAUGAACUGGGCGGCUGGACUUCGCGCUACGAUGUCGACGGAGGAUAAAGUGAGGGAUGCGGCAAGUGCGCAGAUUCUGAAGGCAGAGCACGAGGCUUUGAAAGGAGAGAUCGAAGCGAGAGAAGACAGCUUCAGUUCCGUUCUGGAUCUGGGUGAAGCCAUGGUUCAAACCGGACAUUACGCUGCCUUAGAGGUGGAAGAGAAGUGCAAUCAGCUGCUCGAUGAAAGGCAGAAGCUGCACACCGCCUGGCAGCAGAAAAAGAUUCACUUGGAUCAACUGAUAGAUUUACACUUCUUCCUGCGAGAUGCCAAACAGUUGGAUAACUUAUCCUCUACUCAAGAAGCUGCACUCAGCGGCGACAACUUCGGAGACUCCGUCGAAGAAGUAGACGCGCAAGUGAAGAAGCACAACGAAUUCGAGAAGUUGCUGGUAACGCAAGAGGAGAAGCUGACAGCUCUGCAGGAACACGGAGACAAGCUUCUAGCGCAGAAUCACUUUGAUUCCCCCACGAUUGCGAAAAGGUUGAGCGAAGUUGUACAGAGACGAGCUAGAAUUCGCACUCUGUGUGACGCACGAAGAAAGAGACUGGAAGCUGGUUUGUUACACGCGCAGUUUGUCAGGGAUGUCGCGGAAGCGGAAUCCUGGAUCGGUGAGAAGCAGAAGAAACUCGAGGCUGAAGCGUCGAAAGGAGAAGUGUCCAGUUUGGAAGACAAGAUCAAGAAGUUACAGAAGCAUCAAGCGUUCCAGGCAGAACUAGCAGCGAAUCAAAGCAGAAUAGAAGAAAUCAAAGCCAAAGGCGAGACGCUGCUCACGCAGAAGCACCCAGCAAGCAACGAAAUCCGUCAGCAACUGGAACACCUGCACGCGUCCUGGAGAAGGCUGCUGCUAGAAUCUGGUAAUCGUGGCAGGGGCCUUGAAGAAGCGCAGGACAUCCUAGAAUUCAACAACCAGGUAGAAAAGAUUGAGGCGUGGAUACGAGACAAGGAAAUGAUGGUGCAAGCAGGAGACACCGGAAAGGACUACGAACACUGUCUCAGUCUCCAAAGAAAACUCGACGAUGUGGACAGUGAUAUGAGAGUGGACGACUCCAGGAUCAAGGCUAUCAAUGCUCUAGCAGACAAACUGAUCAAACAAGGUAGGGACAACGAGUCCAAGGCUAUUCAACAGCGCCGUGACAAUUUCAAUAAUAAAUGGAAAGGUCUGCAAGGAGCACUGAGCGCCUAUAGGGAGACACUCGCUGGAGCUUUGGAGAUUCAUCUGUUCAACAGGGACAUAGAUGACACGAGUCAGAGAGUCAUUGAAAAGUCAGUCGCCAUGAACACUACUGACGUAGGCAAGGACCUGCCUGCUGUUGAACAUCUGCAGAGGAAGCAGGAGGCGAUGGAGAGAGACAUGACCGCCAUAGAAGGCAAACUGAAAGAGCACAAGGCGGAAGCUCGAGAACUGUCGCAGAAGUAUCCGGACAAGGCACCACAAAUCAAUGGAAUAUUGUCAGAACUGCAGUCUAACUGGGACGACCUUCAACGCCUUACUCAGCAUCGUCGCAAAGCUCUGAAUCUAGCUUACACCUUGCGCAAGUUCCAGGCAGACUUGCACGAACUGGAGCUGUGGGUAGCGGACACCAUUAAGCGUAUGGACGAGUCUGAGCCUCCGACAACUAUAUCGGAAGCUGAAGCUCUGCUGGAACUUCAUCAGGAGAGAAAGGCAGAGAUCGACGGUAGACAAGACACGUUUAAAGCUCUGAAGGAACACGGUCAGAAGCUCCUCGCGAUCAACGAGGACGUAGAAGAUAAUCUGGAACACUUGGAAGAUAUUAGACAGGGUCUAAUCAACGCAUGGGAGAUCAGGAGGCAAAAGUUGACACAGGCGCAUCAGCUGCAGUUGUUCAAGGAGCAGGCUGACCAAGCUGACAGCUGGCUGGCAACGAAGGAAGCGUUUCUUAACAACGACGACCUGGGUGAGUCCCUCUCUGGCGUCGAAGCGUUGCUGCGCAAGCACGAGGAGUUUGAGAAGAUGCUGGUCUCGCAACUGGGUCGUAUCGAAGAGUUAGAGAAGUUCGCGAAUGAGAUCUUGUCUGGAGAGCAUGCGGACGCAAGCAUCAUAAAGCAGCGGUUGGCGUCAGUUUGUGCUAGAAGGGACAGAUUGCAGAAUAGUGCGAGAGCCAGAAGGAAGAAACUGCUGGAGAGUCAUCAUUUGCACCAGUUCCUCAGGAACAUAUACGAAGUCGAAGGCUGGCUGCAUCAGAAGCAACAGGUAGCUAGCGACGAGAACUACAGGGACUCUUCGAAUCUGCAGAGCAAGAUUCAGAAACACGCUGCCUUUGAGAGCGAGUUGAUGGCCAACAAGGGAAGAGUUGCGGCAGUGAUCAAUGAAGGUGAGGCCCUGAUUGAAGAGAACCACUACGCUGCGAACAGCAUACAAGAACGCUUGGAUGAACUGGAAGCAGAAUGGCGUUUACUUCAAGAGACAAGUGAGCUGAAGAAGAACAGGUUGAACGAUGCUUACCAGGCUCUACUCUUUGGACGUACUCUGGACGAGUUUGAGGCCUGGAUGGACGAGGUAGAAACUCAACUACAAUCAGAGGACCAUGGAAAAGACUUGUCCAGCGUCGCCAAUUUGCUGAAGAGGCACACCAACUUGGAGAACGAUGUCCUGGGCCACAACGAAGCUUGCGAAUCCAUCAAGGAAACAGCGACCAGCUUCCAGAAGUCCAAUCACUUCAUGUGUGACGAGAUACAAGAAAGAGCCAUGGUCACCAUAAACAGGUACCACAGUCUGCAGGAGCCGAUGCAGAUACGAAGAGACAAUCUAGAAGACGCGAAGUUGUUGCACCAGUUUGCACGAGACGUUGAAGACGAGCUACACUGGCUGUCCGAGAAGGAGCCUCUGGCUGCCAGCAACGACCUAGGCAGUUCCUUGACUACCGUACAAAGACUGCAGAAGAAGCACCAAGGUCUGGAGGCAGAACUGAUCUCGAGGGAGCCUGUGGUAGCUUCUUUAAUUAGCAGAGCCACAGUUAUGGUGAGGAGCGGACACUUCGCGUCGGAGAAGAUUGAAAAACUGUCGCAGGAGCUGCAGGAGAAACUUGCGCACCUUAGGGACCUAGCUAGCGUUCGCAAACUGCGUCUGCUGGAUGCUGUUGAGUCACAGAUGUUCUACGCCGAGGCUGCAGAGUCUGAACAGUGGAUAAAGGAGAAGCAUCCACAGCUAACUUCCACGGACUACGGGAAAGACGAGGACUCCGUGCAGUCUUUGCUCAAGAAACUGGAAGAAAUAGAGCGGGAUCUUAUCGGGUUUGAAAAGAACAUUGAGAACUUGAGGAAGCUUUCGCAGGGUUUGAUAGAGAGGCACCACUUUGAUAGCAAGAACAUCACGCAGAAACAGUCGGACAUAGAGCAGAAGUUCAAGGAAUUGCAGAAGCUGAAGGAUCAUCGGUUCCAGCGCCUGCGUGAAAGCGAGAAGUUCUUCAAGUUCAUCAGGCAAGCGGACGAAGUCAUCGAAUGGAUCGGAGAUCAGACGACGGUCGCCGCUUCGGAAGACUACGGUCGCGACGUGGAACAUGUGGAGCUUCUCAUCCAGAUCUUCGAUAACUUCUUGGCCAGUUUGACCACCAGUGAAGGUCGAGUAUCAGGCGUGUUGGAGAACGGACAGAAAUUGAUUGAAGAAAACAAUCCGGAGAAGAGUAAGAUACUGAUGAAGAUCGAGGAGACGAAGCAGCAGUGGGAUGACCUUAAGGAGCUAGCGCAUGCACGACAGGAGGCGUUGGCCGGAGCGAAACAGGUGCACAUGUUUGAUAGAACAGCGGAUGAAACUAUUUCGUGGAUCCAAGAGAAAGAGGCUGCUCUCAGCUCUGACGGCUAUGGUCACGAUUUGGAGACCAUUCAAGCUCUAGUGAGGAAGCAUCAAGGAUUUGAGACUGAUUUGGGUGCUGUGAAGGAGCAGGUCGAGUCGCUUAUGGAAGAAGCCUCAAGAUUAAUAGAGCUAUUCCCGGAUGCCCGCAUCCACAUUGAUGUGAAGCACCAAGAAGCUGAGGCAGCAUGGAACGAGUUGCUGGAGAAAGCGGCUCAGAGAAGAAGCAAGCUGGCGCAAGCAGAACAACUGCAGUCGUACUUGGGCGAAUACAGAGACUUACUGUCUUGGAUAAACGAGAUGGUAGCCAAAGUAACAGCUCCAGAGUUGGCUCGCGACGUGCCAGGUGCCGAGGCAUUGAUUUCGAGGCACAACGAGUACAAAGCAGAGAUUGAGACGCGUAACGAGGCCUUCGAGAAGUUUUACAAAACUGGCCAGGAGUUGAUAGAGGAAGGCCACUUUUUGGGUAAAGAGAUCGAGGACAAGAUAUCUGUUUUACAACAAAGGCAGCAGUUCUUGAAAGACACCUGGGAGCAAAGAAGACAUAUCUACGAGCAGAACUUGGAUACUCAGUUGUUCAAGCGAGAAGCUGAGACUUUGGAGAACUGGAUCGUGAGCAGAGAGCCUAUGCUGCACGACGGGAAGUUGGGUGAAAGUAUUCCGCAAGUGGAAGAGCUGAUAAGGAAACAUGAAGACUUCGAGAAGACCAUCGAGGCACAGGAAGAGAGGUUCAACGCGCUUCAACGCAUAACCAUGCUAGAGGAAGCGUUCCAGAAACAACAGGAAGCGGAGAUGGCGGCUAGGCAGGCGGAGAGGGAGAGAGUGGAACGUGCUCGCCUUGAAGAACGAAAGCGCAAGGAAGUUCAGAGGAUAACGGAAGAGAGAAAGCGCGAAGAGGAACGCAGGCGAUUGCUGGAUAGUCCUCAUCGAACCAUGCACGAUGAAGUGAACGGAACGUCGGACGAACACGAAUCCAUCAAUAAAUUGUCACCGCUGAAGACAGCCAACGCUCCAGAGAACUUGGAUUCAACUCCGAUUCAGAAGACACAUGGCAUAUCGCACGUGUUUGGCGAGAAACUGAGGAGAACCACUCCUGAUAUUAAAAGAGCUGAAAGCAUGAAGGUGGACACGAAGAAGCCGAAGAGGACGCCUAGCUUCACCACCAGGAGAAGAACUCAGAGCUUCAGGAAGCUCCAGAGGAUGGAGAACAUGGAUGCGCUGCCACCAGUGGAGAUUCAAGGCUUCUUGGAAAGGAAACACGAGCUUCAGAGCGCCGGCAAGAAGGCGGCCGUGCGUUCCUGGAAACAAUAUUACACAGUACUGUGUGGACAACUUCUCUGUUUCUUCAAGGACACCGAGGACUUCUCGCUGAGCAAAGCAGCCACUGCUCCCAUCACCAUCUUCAACGCCAUAUGCGAGAAAGCUAACGACUACACGAAAAAGAAGAACGUGUUCAGACUGAAAUGUACAGACGGGUCAGAAUUCCUGUUCCUAGCUCCUAGUCAACAGGAGAUGGAGGACUGGGUCAAUAAGAUAUCGUUCCACGCCAAAUUACCUCCUAGCUUGCAGUUAUUAAGUUACGACGAGUCGCAGAAAGAGGGCCUACAGAGACUGCAAAACGUGUCCAUAGAUCAUGCUGAUGACAACGUUUCGACUGGCAGUAGCCACGCCUCGACCCCUGAAUUGGAACGAAAGAACUCGGUGAUCAGACGCGACCUGUCGAACCAACAUUCCCCCAGCAGUGUGCAGAUAGAGUUCCUCCAGAUGCACCGGCAGAAUCAACAGAAACGCGACCCGCAGAAUAACACGGAGUUCAUAGCUUCUCAGAGGAGUGAACCACCUCAAACGCAGACGGAGUUUCUGCAAAUGCACAGACAACAGCAAUUGUUGGCGCAGCAGCAGCAAUUGAUACAACAGGAACAACUGGCGAGUCAGAGAGACUCCGGGGACAAACCACCUAUCCCGCCAAGAGGAGCUCCUCCUCCCAUUCCCAUGAGGUCACCCAGCUCUGAAGCUCUGCCUCAGUAUAGACGCGAAGAUGAAAUGUUCACAGACACGGAACACGUGCAAGGACGAUCCGGUUUUUAUCAGCAACGUAGCGCUACGUUGAACCAUAACGGAUCUGGCCAGUAUCCAUCGAAUGCAACUUGGCAUAGGCAAAGUAGCGUAGAUCUCAGUACGCAACAUCAAGAAUUAGCACCCCCUUUGCCAUCAAGCGCCCCUCCACCAAACAGAAUGGCUCAGUGGAGUACUCCUCAUGAUCCUGCUUAUGGAAAUGUUCCGGUAACUAUUAGACAGGGUGUGCAGCAGAAUAAUUCAUUUACCGGUAGACCAGUUUCUUUGCCACCGUAUGUGGCGCCACCAGCGGUUCCACAGAACGCUCAAAAUAUUACGGUAGUAGACGGUAGGAGAGCCAGCGAAAGUGGAUCAGAAAGUGAACACAGCGUGGGUAAUAAUCGUAAGGAUCGCGAUUAUAAGCGGAGUUCUGUUUUGAGCAAUCUAUUUGGUAGACGCAAGAAACCCCAAUCGUAACCCCAUUGAAAACGAAGUGAAAGGCGUACAGAUCUUCAUGAAAUGUGGCAAACACGAUGUAAAGUUCCUUCGAAAAUGUUAGGAAGGACGCGUGCCUAUCCUUGCUGCAUAGUAUAUUAACUCGUGUAAAUUAUUUUUAUGUACUAUACAAGUUUUACUCGAAUAGAUAUACUUAUAUUCACGUUAAUAGCGUGAUCCGCGUUGAGUUGGCCACGAAAAAAGAACUAACAUUAUAAUUAUUUCAGUUGAAUUAAUUUAAAAGCAUCUUUUGAUAAAUACAUGUAUUUUUUUAUUACUGUAAUUAUGCCCAUAAAUGUCAAUUUUUGUUUCUACGGUAUAAGAUUAAUCUUUUACGAGUUCUGUAACAUGAUCAACUCAAACAUUAGAGAAAAGCUUGCAUUUUUUAGUUUUUACAGUGUUCAUAUAUACCUGAUGUGUCAGGAAUUGAAAAGCAUCGUCAGAAAAUUGUUAAAGAAAUGCAACAUAUUGAUUAUAUAACAAAAAAUGAAUUAUAUACAAUGAAAAUGAAUUCACUGUUACUACGAUUGUUAAAUUGUUUCUCUUUAAAUGCACCGUAAAGCUACAAAGGGAAGGAUUAUGUUAGAAUUAUGCCUUACACGCGAUGUUAAUGAAUUUAUUUAAAGUGUACCUGACUUUAAGAGAAGUGUUGAGGAACAUGCGAAUACAUGAAUAAUGUACGGUUUAAGUUUAUAGAUGUCAUAAUAUAUGUUGCAAAUAUUAUAUAUUUGAGAACAUCUAUCCGGGACCAAUGACCCUAUAAUGUAUUAAAGUAUCAGCAAUAUGUACACAUGUUCAAGAGAAACAAAAUUACAUGUUUCUCAAAUAUUAUAUCUUUUUUUUUCUACAACAUUACAUUGUGUAAAGUGUAUUUAAUACAUAAAGAAUAAUAAUGUAUUAUGUAGCCUUGUCGGUACUA